AUGGCUGCUGUCGCUUGUCCGUUUACUUCGCAUCAAGCACUUCCACAAGAAUGGAUCGAUGCGUCCCCAGCGGUCUCGAGCAACGAAGUUGGUGCAGUAUUAGCGGACUACGAUAUCUUCCGGCAACAAUGCCCUCUUGCGUACACAAAGCAGUACGAUGGCUACUGGCUUAUGACUCGGUAUGAAGAUGUCAAAGCCGCCGCUCUUGACUCCGAGACCUUUAUCUCUUCGGUCAAGGCUGUCAUUCCAUCUGAUCCUCGAGGGCUACGACGGCCACCGUUGAAUUUUGACGCCCCUCGACAUACACCAUACCGGACGGCACUGGACCGGACGCUGAAGCCAGCCAGAAUCCGGAAGUUGGCUCAGAGGCUGGAGAAGCAUGCUGAUGAACUGCUUGCAAUCAUCUUGGAAAGGGACGAUCGUACCGGUGACAUCUGCUCAGACUUUGCAGGUCCCUUUGCUGCUUGGGUCGAGGCAGAAUGGUUGAACCUGACGCCAGACAAAGCUCCACUGCUCGCAAAGACAGCUGCUUCCUGGAUAGACGCAUGGCGCCGAAUGGACCGGGACGCCACCACGUUGCACAGCACCACGUUGUACGGCAUGGCGGAAGAGCUCCUCGAAGAUCGCAGGCAGAAUCCACGAGACCCAGAAGAAGAUCCCGCUAGUAGCUUGCUCCUGGAAAAGGACAGCGAGGGGAAGCCGCUGGAUAAUGUCCACCUGAUAGGCUGCCUACGACAAAGCUUGGUUGUAGGGAUGGUAGCACCCCCACUACUGAUUGGAGGCAUUGUCCACCAUCUUACAAAAGAUCCAGAGCUUCAGAAACAACUCAGAGACAACCCUGACCUGGUACCUGCCGCAGUGGAAGAGUUCGUUCGUCUUUACAGCCCUUAUCGCGGCUUCGCACGAACGGUUUCCAAGGACGUGCACAUGCACGGCCAAACAAUCAAGCCUGGUCAACCACUGUCAUUGACCUACGUUGCUGCGAAUAGGGACCCCGCCAUCUUCGAGCAGCCUCAUAAGUUCAUCAUGAACCGUCCGAAUAUUGCCAUGCAUCUUGGCUUUGGUAGGGGUCGGCAUCGGUGUGCUGGCCAGCCGCUAGCAAGGCUUGCCAUCCAGGUUGCGCUCAAGGCCUUCCUGAAGACGAAGCGAUUUGAAACAUUUGGGUGCAUGCAGUAUGCUCGCAUGCCAGAGUGGGGGAUCAUCAGCUGUCCGAUUAGAUUCGAGGUUUGA